AUGAAAGAGUUUUCGACACAUGUUCGAGCUUACAACACCCGAUGUAUUUUAAAUGAGCAGGAAAUUCUCGAAUUUAUAAGCGAUAAACGAGACUUCCCCGACGAGCUCGAUCCCAAUAUUCUCUCCAAGGCGAGUGACAAGGAUGUCAAGUGGUAUGUGACAACAUUGGGAGAAAAAACGGUCAACAUGCUCUGUGAAUGGAAGCAUCGUCUCAAUUACUUGGAAAGCGAAUGUAAGGACGUUCAGGAUUUUUCAGAAAUGAAGCAAAAGAUUGAACAUAACAUUAAGCAAAUGAAAGAGACGUUGGGAAGUGUCUCAUCGGUGACUGCAGCUGAACACUUUUUGGAAAUGGAUUCCGACAUUAAACUUUUGCAAGAUGAGGAAUCAAAACCGUCACCACCUAUCCCACUAAGGAAAGGAAGAUCAAAAUCAUUGAUCUCCAAUUUUUCAAGCAGCUCAAAACCAAGAAUAAGUAACAUGUAUCAUAAAAACCCAUUAGGACUCUCAAGCAACUGCCGUUCAUUGUCAAUGCAGUCCCUGUCUAAACAACAAAAGAGUCGUCAAGAUGAACGGGCUAGACCAGGUUGCAAUUUCAGAGGCGUGUAA